CGCCGGCCCCCGGCGCCCGGCUGCGGCAGGACAGCGGCGGGAGCGGCGGCCCGAGCAUGGGCUCCGCCUGGGUCUUGCAGCGAGGACGGCCGCUUUGAGGGCGGACUCUUCUGUGACCCGUGUUAGCCCCGGCGCCGGCCUCGAACAGAUUUGUGGUUGGGGUUUUGGUUUCUGAGAAGGUCACAGUUUUUCCUCUUUUUCUUUCGGUUUUUUUCUGCGACGGGGGAGGGGCGGGGGGCUGAGGACGGACACCAUGCCGGCUGGUCCGAGGAGAGGGGAGCCUCGGUUCCCGGGGUCCUAAGGGCCCGCGGAGCGCGUCCGAGCGUCCGACUGUCCGGCCGCGAGGUUGGGGGGCCCUCCCCGCGCCUCCCCUGGAAACUGCAGCGACUCAGCCGCGAUCAGGACGUCAGAACUGCAGGAUCCUGGCCGCGCGGAGACCCUGAGAAACCAUGAGUGUGAGGCUGCCCCAGAGCAUAGACAGCCCCACUGCAGCCUGGUUAAGCAGCCUGUCUCUGGGAGACCCGGCGCCUGAACGCAGGUCCCCUUCCCACCUCCGCCAGCCGUUGGACACCUCUGAGACAGCAGGUCUUGUCCAGCGCUGCGUCAUCAUCCAGAAGGACCAGCAUGGCUUCGGCUUCACAGUCAGCGGGGACCGUAUUGUCCUGGUGCAGUCCGUGCGGCCUGGAGGAGCAGCCAUGAGAGCUGGUGUCAAAGAGGGCGACCGGAUCAUCAAAGUGAACGGCACCAUGGUGACCAACAGCUCACACUUGGAGGUGGUGAAGCUUAUCAAAUCUGGCGCCUAUGUUGCCCUGACGCUCCUGGGCUCCUCCCCCUCACCCGUCGGUGUCUCUGGGCUGCAGCAGGGCCCCGCCUCUGCGGGGACUCCCCGAGCCGCUCCUGUGGUCCCACCACCACCUCCACCGCCGCCUCUGCCGCCCCCGCAGCGCAUCACAGGGCCCAAACCGCUGCAGGAUCCCGAAUUCCAAAAACAUGCCACCCAGAUCCUUCGCAAUAUGCUGAGGCAGGAGGAGAAAGAAUUACAGCGCAUCUGUGAGGUGUACAGCCGGAACCCUGCCAGCCCACUAGAAGAGCAGAUCGAAGGGGCCCGGAGGCGCGUCACGCAGUUGCAGCUGAAGAUCCAGCAGGAGACGGGCGGCGGCGGCGUGGACGUGCCCCUCCAAUAUGGUGACGCCAGCCAGAGAGCAUCAGAAGGGCAACUCUCCCUGGAUUCCCAGGAGGGGGACAGCGGCCUGGACUCGGGGACAGAACGCUUCCCGUCCCUCAAUGAGGCACUACUGAGUCGGAACUCAGCACUGUCGGACCCUGGGCUGGACAGUCCCCGCACCUCACCUGUGGUCAUGGCCCGGCUGGCCCAGCACCACCGGCGGCAGGCCUCGGACACGCCAGUGCCCGGCGCCGGCGACCAGGGCGCAGACCAGAGCCCGAAGCCUUUAAUUAUUGGCCCAGAGGAAGAUUAUGACCCGGGUUAUUUCAACAACGAGAGCGACCGCGUCUUCCAGGACCUGGGGAAGCUGAAGGCUCGGCCCGCGCACCUGGCCGUUUUCCUGCGCUACAUCUUCUCUCAGGCUGACCCCAGUCCUCUGCUUUUUUACCUGUGCACAGAAGUUUAUCAGCAGACAAACCCCAAGGAUUCUCGAACCUUAGGAAAAGACAUCUGGAACAUUUUUCUAGAGAAAAAUGCGCCGCUGAGAGUAAAAGUCCCAGAGGUGUUGCAGGCUGAAAUUGACCUGCGUCUGCGCGCCAGUGAGGACAUCCGCAUCGCGCUCCGUGAGGCUCAGGAGGCGGCCAUGCCCGAGAUCCAGGAGCAGAUGCAGGAUUACAGGGCAAAGCGCACCCUGGGGCUAGGCAGUCUGUACGGGGAGAACGACCUGCUGGGCCUGGACGGGGACCCUGUCCGAGAACGCCAAGUGGCUGAGAAGCAGCUGGCCGCCCUGGCGGACAUUCUGUCCAAGUACGAGGAGGACAGGAGCGCCCCCAUGGACUUCGCCCUCAAUGCCUACAUGAGCCAUGCCGGGCUCCGUCUCCGAGAGGCACGGCCUUCCAGUGCAGCUGAAAAGGCCCAGGCAGCUCCCGACAGGGACAAGUGGCUGCCCUUCUUCCCAAAGACCAAGAAGCAGAGCAGCAAUUCCAAAAAAGACAAGGAUGCCUUGGAGGACAAGAGGCGAAACCCUAUCCUCAAGUACAUCGGGAAGCCUAAAAGCUCUUCACAGAGCACAUUUCAUAUUCCCUUGUCCCCUGUGGAAGUCAAACCAGGCAACGUGAGGAACAUCAUUCAGCACUUUGAGAACAACCAGCCAUAUGAGGCCCCAGAGCCCGGGACGCAGCGGCUGUCCACCGGCAGCUUCCCCGAGGACCUGCUGGAGAGUGACAGCUCCCGCUCAGAGAUCCGCCUGGGCCGCUCUGAGAGCCUGAAGGGCCGGGAAGAGAUGAAGCGGUCACGGAAGGCGGAAAACGUGCCGCGCUCUCGCAGCGACGUGGACAUGGACGCGGCCGCGGAAGCUGCCCGCCUCCACCAGUCAGCCUCCUCCUCUGCCUCCAGCCUCUCCACCAGGUCUCUGGAGAACCCGACCCCUCCCUUCACCCCCAAAAUGGGCCGCAGGAGCAUUGAGUCCCCCAGCCUGGGGUUCUGCACAGACGCCCUCCUCCCGCACCUGCUAGAGGAUGAUCUGGGCCAGCUGUCAGACCUGGAGCCGGAGCCAGACGCUCAGAACUGGCAGCACACGGUGGGCAAGGACGUGGUGGCCGGGCUAAGCCAGAGGGAGAUUGACCGGCAGGAGGUCAUCAACGAGCUGUUUGUGACGGAAGCGUCCCAUCUGCGCACACUCCGGGUCCUCGACCUGAUCUUCUACCAGCGGAUGAAGAAGGAGAACCUGAUGCCCCGAGAGGAGCUGGCCCGGCUCUUCCCCAACCUGCCCGAGCUCAUCGAGAUCCACAAUUCCUGGUGCGAGGCCAUGAGGAAGCUCCGGGAGGAGGGCCCCAUUGUCAAGGACAUCGGUGACCUCAUGCUGGCUCGGUUCGACGGCCCUGCCCGGGAGGAGCUCCAGCAGGUGGCUGCCCAGUUCUGCUCCUGCCAGUCUGCCGCCCUGGGGCUCAUCAAGGCCAAGCAGCGCAAGGAGAGCCGUUUCCAGCUGUUCAUGCAGGAGGCUGAGAGCCACCCCCAGUGCCGGCGCCUGCAGCUCAGGGACCUCAUCAUCUCAGAGAUGCAGCGGCUUACCAAGUACCCCCUGCUGCUGGAGAGCGUCCUCAAGCACACGGAGGGUGGCACCCCCGAGCACGAGAAGCUCUGCCGGGCACGGGACCAGUGCCGGGAGAUCCUCAAGUACGUGAACGAAGCAGUGAAGCAGACAGAGAACCGGCACCGGCUGGAGGGCUACCAGAAGCGGCUGGACACCACGUCCCUGGAGAGGGCCAGCAACCCGUUGGCAGCAGAGUUCAAGAGCCUGGACCUCACAGCCAGAAGGAUGGUCCACGAGGGGCCCCUGAGCUGGAGGAUCAGCAAGGACAAGAGCUUGGACCUGCACGCGCUGCUGCUGGAGGACCUCCUGGUGCUGCUGCAGAGGCAGGACGAGAAGCUGCUGCUCAAAUGCCACAGCAAGACGGCGGCGGGCUCGUCGGACAGCAAGCAGACCUUCAGCCCCGUGCUCAAGCUCAACGCCGUGCUCGUCCGCUCCGUGGCCACCGACAAGCGGGCCUUCUUCGUCAUCUGCACCUCGGAGCUGGGCCCCCCCCAGAUCUACGAGCUGGUGGCACUGACGUCGUCAGACAAGAACACAUGGAUGGAGCUUUUGGAGGAGGCUGUGCGGAAUGCCACCCGGCGCCCGGGAGGUGCCCCCACGCUCGCCCAUGCCCCACCCCCGGGCACCCAGGAGCCGGCGCACCAGAGCCCCACACCCAGCAGGGUCCAGCUCGAUGGCUCAGAAGUGUUCCACAGUGAAACAGAGCCCGGGGAGCUGCCCGGAGCAGGCCCUGGGCCCCAGCAGAGGGCGAAGGGGACGCACCCGGUCCUGCUGGAGGAUCCCGAGCAGGAGGGCAGCCUGGAGGAGGAGCUGGGUGCCCUGCCUCACCCCUCCACGUCUGCGGAUGGAGAGCACAGGGGCGGCCGGACGAGAGACCCCAUCCUCCUGCCCCUCCCAGGCCCUCUGUUCAUGGAAGGGUUGGCCGACUCAGCCCUGGAAGACGUGGAAAGCCUGAGACACCUCAUCCUGGGGAGCCUACUGCAGGGUCAGCGCCCUGAGGCACAGCCUGCUGGGGAGCCUGAGGACGACCUCACCCCCACACCAUCCCUCGGGAGCAGCACCUGUCACCCCGCGGACCCUGGCUCCCCAGGGCACAGCCUCCUGCGGGGGGAGGAGCCAGAGCGGGGGGACGCAGCUCUCCGCUCCCUGGAGCAGCUGCCCCCGCGGGCCCGGAAUUCCGGGAUCUGGGAGUCUCCCGAGCUGGACAGGAACCCCGAGGAGGAGGCUUUGAGCGCCGAGGCAGCAGGAAGUUACAAGGUGGUGAGAAAAGCUGGUGGCGGCACAGAUGCAGUGGAGGUGGCGGGCAGCAAGGCCAGGCUCCCCGAGAGCGGCCGGUCAGGGCCUGAGCCACCCGACAUGGAAGGCGGAGCAGAGGCUGCGGGGAACUGCUUCUAUGUCAGCAUGCCGGCGGGACCCCCAGACUCCAGCACUGAACCCUCGCAGCCCGACAGCCUCCCUGCCUGGCAGCCUUGGGGAAGCAGUGGAGGUCGCCGACGCCCUAGCCACUCUGUGCCCAGCCUGGCCCUCAGGGACGUGGGCAGCAUCUUCCACACCAUCGAGCAGCUCACCGUCAAGCUCAACAGGCUCAAGGACGUGGAGCUGGCCCACCGAGAGCUGCUCAGGUCCCUCGCGGGAGAGUCCGGCGGCACCACGCCCGUGGGCAGUUUCCACACGGAGGCAGCCAGAUGGACAGACAGCUCCCUGUCACCUCCAGCCAGGGAAACCCUGGCCUCCAACUCCAGGGACAGCCACCAGCCAGGGCCGUGCUCGGAGGAUGGCUCCGACACCCCCCUGGAAGACGGUACAGCACUCACAGCCUCGUCCCCAGGACUGUAACUGUCCCCACUCCUCUGGGGGCUGGCCCGAAAGGGGCACAGGGCAAUGGGAGCCCAGACCUCCUCGUGGGCCCGCGGAAGAUGGGUCCAGCCGAGACCCCGGGGGCGCCCCGCAUGUCACUUGGUCUGCUCAGGUCCCAGUCCAGUUUCAGCGUCUCCCCUGCUCUCCAACUCCUCCGAA